AUGUCUAAGAUUAUCAUUCCUGAUAUUCCUAAAAUCUGUAAAUCAACCACCUCUCAUUUUUUAAAAUACUUUAAGGCUAACCAAAAACCUCAAGAUGCAAUUGUUUUCUUAGAAGGUGGUCUUGAACUUCCAUUUUAUGAUACUGAUGGUGAAUAUCUUUUUAGACAAGAAAGUAAUUUCCAUUAUUUGUUUGGUGUAAAAGAAGCUGGAUUUUAUGGAAUUGUCAAAAUGGAUGGAACCCGUAUUCUUUUCCUUCCACAAUUACCUGAAUCACUUCAGAUAUUCCUUGGACCUAAUUUACGUCCUGAAGAUGUAAAAAGAAUGUAUGGUGUUGAAGAAGCAUAUUAUGAUUCUCAAAUCGAAGAAGUUUUAAGUAAGUUAAAUCCAUCUAUGAUUUAUUUGUAUGCCAAAGGAGUUAAUUCAGACUCAGGAAGUCAACCAGCUCCAAUUAGAACUAAAGCUGUUUAUAAGUAUAGUACUAAUGAAACUGAAUUACAUGAUGUUUUAUUUGAAGCUAGAACUGUUAAGACUAAAGAAGAAAUUGAUUUUAUGAGAUUAGCCAUUAAUGGAACUGCUGAGGCUCAUCGUGCUUGUAUGAAAUAUUGUAAACCUGGAAUGUAUGAAUUUGAACUUGAAGCUGAAUUUUAUCGUGUUGCUUAUGGACAAUAUGGUAUGAGAAACUUUGGUUAUUUCCCUAUUUGUGCUUCUGGAAAUAAAGGAGCAACUAUGCACUAUGGACAUGCUGGUCAUCCAAAUAGAAAAAUUAUGGAAGACGGUGAAAUGGUAUUAAUGGAUGUUGGAACUGAAUGUCAUAGAUACGCAACUGAUUUAACAUUAACAUAUCCAAUCAAUGGAAAGUUUACUGAACAACAAAAGACUAUUUAUAAUAUUGCCUUAAAUUGUAAUAGAGGUUGUGAAGCAGCUAUGAAACCAGGAGUAAAAUGGUAUGAUAUUCAUGAACUUUCUAACAAACUAAUGCUUAAAGGAUUACUUGAAGCAGGAUUAAUUAAAGGGGAUUUAGAAGAAAUGUAUAAAAAUGAUGUACAUUUCUAUUUUAUGCCUCAUGGAAUUGGACAUUUAAUUGGUAUUGAUACUCAUGAUGUUGGAGGAUUUAAUCUUGGAAUUCCAAGAAGUGAUAAUUGUUCACUUAAAAAGUGCCGUUCUAAUAGAGUUCUUGAAGCAGGAAAUAUUUAUACUGUUGAACCAGGAAUUUAUUUCAUUCCAUUCUUAUUAGAGAGUGGAUUUAAGAAUGAACAAGUAAAGAAAUAUUUAGUUGAAAGUGAAAUUAGAAAGUAUUGGAACUUUGGAGGUGUUAGAAUUGAAGACGACGUUUUAGUAACUGAAGAAGGAGUUGAAGUAUUAGACAAAAAUGUUCCAAGAACCGUUGAAGAAAUUGAAGCAUUUAUGAAGCAUUAA